AUGCUUGCCAGGGCAUCAAGGCUGUUUGGCAGAAGUGGACCAGACUUGCAGACUGCUGUGUAUGGUCGAAAGGCCACUGCACCAGAGGGGGGAGAAACCGAUGAUGAGGCCUCCAGCGGGGAUGAGGAUGAGCUGUUCAGACCCGUGGGUUCAGAGUCCUCCAGAAGUCGCUGGAAAGAUGGCCAGGAGACAAAGAAUGGGCUUGACUCAAGUCGGGUUGUGUUUCCUUUGGACAUCGUGCAAAAAUGGGAGGGUGAAGGUAGUGCAGAAGUGUUGCGGAACAGAUUUGUCACAGGCAGCUGGGAAGAGGGGCGGCGCAGAAGUGAAGCACGGCCAGGCACCUCAGAUGGCAGCGAUGAUGGUACAAGCGAUGGGGGCGAUGUGUACGGAGACUUUGAAGAUGUCGAAACUGGGGAGAUGUUUGGUGGCCCUAAAGAUGCUGUCACGGAAAUGGCUCAAAGGGCUAUACAUGAAGUGGAAAUGGAGCGAAAAAAAGAAAAGGCAGCCAAGAAAGCUGUCUUUGAUGUGGAGUACGAUGAGGAAGGAGCUGGAGGGGUGGCCGAUGCACCAGUGGGUGGUGCUCAGGAAUGUGAUAGUAGUGAAAAGGAGCCCACUUUCUAUCACACUGUGAAGCAAGAGAUGAUGGAGAAACUGGCGCACACACGAUCUGCCCUCGAUGCACUGGACCCUGUGCAAAGGGUGGCCUUGGAGGGCUUCAGGCCAGGGACAUACAUCAGGAUGAGGUUGUCAGGCGUUCCUGCUGAAAUGGUAGAGGAAUUUGACAGCGAGCGCCCGCUGCUUGUUGGUGGUAUGGGCCCUGGGGAGGACAAGCUGGGCUUCAUGCGACUGAGGUUCAAAAAGCACAGAUGGGCCCCACGAGUGCUGAAGACGAGGGACCCACUGGUGUUCUCUGUGGGCUGGCGACGAUUUCAGUCCCUUCCCACUUAUGCCAUUGAAGACCACAACAGGAGGCUCAGGAUGUUGAAGUACACUCCAGAGCACAUGCACUGUGUGGCUGUUGCUUGGGGUCCUUUGUGCCCUCCCAACACCGGCAUUCUGGGAAUUCAAAACUUGUCCAGCGACUUGCAGAACUGGAGAAUCAGCGGCACAGGCGUUGUCACAGAGCUGAAGGCUGACUUUCAGGUCAUGAAGAAGCUGAAGCUGGUUGGCCAUCCAUUCAAAGUGCACAAGAACACUGCCUUUAUAUCUGGAAUGUUCAACUCCUCUCUGGAAGUUUCUAAAUUUGAGGGAGCCUCUGUCAAGACAGUCAGUGGAAUCAGAGGCACCAUCAAGAAGGCAGUCCGAGAAGGGUCUUCACAAGGUGCACCUGAUGGGACAUUUCGAGCGACGUUUGAGGACAAACUGCUGGCCAGUGACAUCAUCUUCCUUCGCGCAUGGGUGACUGUCGAGCUGCCCAGGUACUGCAACCCAGUGACCAACAUGAUGUAUCGACAGGAGACGGUGGGGAGGAAGAUUUUGAGGGCCAGUGCAGCGCAUGAGGAGGCUGCUGGAGAUAUCAUAGAAAGCAAGGAAACUGAGGAACUUGCUCCCAACUUCUCUGCUGCACCCAAUUUCGAAGGGGAGAGGAUUGGUUAUGUUUUUAAAACCGGCGACCUGGGUCUGGGCUACUACAGGGACAGCCAUUAUGUGACCCCUGCCAGGCGCAGCGACGCUGAGGGUGCCUCCAGUGCUGCUUGGAAAGGGAUGAGGACCGUGGCGGAACUGCGCCGGCUUCUGGGAGUGGGGGUGGUCACUGACCAGGACUCAGCCUACCGUCCCAUCGAGAGGGCUCCAAGGAUUUUCCCAUCCAUGAAAAUUCCGAAGACGAUUCUGAAGAACCUUCCAUACAAGAGCAGGGUGAAAGUGAUGGCGUUGAAUGGCCAAAAGGACAAGACACCCAUCAUCCAAACUGACGAGGAAAAGAAGUUGCGAGGCACCAUCCGCCAGCUCAGGGCUAUCCGCAGCGAGAGAGAUAAAAAGCGAAAACUGCAGAAGGAAAGGCAACGGCAAAAACUCGAGAAGAGACAGGCUGAGGAGGAAGCAUGGAGGGCGAAGUACAACAGGGAGGAGCGCAAGAAACGGUACCGGGCAGAAGCAGAGAAAGAGCAAGCCAAGGCAAAGAGAGGGAAAAUGCAGAGGCGAUGA